AUGUCGUCUGACGAAGGUGACAUUGUCGACAUUUCCUCUUCUGAGAGUGACUCGGAAAACGAAUCACUACAGAAUGAAGAACAGCAGCCUAUUAAAGAACCAACUCGACGAGAUAUCCUCGGUCCCGUUAUCCAAUCCACUGUCGCUGCACUGGGAGGUGUGGAAACCGAUGCCGCAACUGGAGUUACUCGCUAUGUGCUCGGUGAUGAUUGCCUUGGAUGUUUACGCGAUCUUAAGAAGCUCUGGCGCAAGGACGAUACUGAUGACGAGAGAACUGUUGCACGUGUGUUUUGGGAGACUAGGGUACUCCAAAAUGAUCUAGUGCCUAUUCUUAUCGAGACUGCAGGAGGGGAUAUAGUUGGCGACAAACGAGCGGUGGCUUGCGCCGAUGUCAUUGGGGCUAUGACCUGGCCAAUCGAUAUUGCCGCCGAGUUGAAGGAACUUGACGAACAGUUAGAUGAAAGGACUGAUUAUGCUACGUUAGUCCUGGCACAAUUGCACUAUAAGGAAGCGCUUGCUCGUCCCGAGGUUCUCAAGGCACUCCAAAAUAUCAUAAUGCCGUGCAUGGCCAAGGAUAAACGAUCCCGUUCCGAGAGAGACACUCAGAUUAUUUCGCUUGUACUAUACAUCUUCCGCAACUUGCUUUUACUGAAAGACCCUCCUCGUGCAUCAUCAUCCUUGUCAGCAUCCUCGACAUCCCUGGCAUCCCUUCAAUCACGCCUUUUGGUCUCACUCCGUACAACCGGACUUCUCGACCUCUUCCUUACUUGUACGUCUAACGCGGACGCACCAGAAUUUUCCGAGUUUAGCGCGGUGCUCCUGGAAAUAACGUAUCUGAUAAUUCGUGGUGUUGGGGUUCGCGACGUCGCAAAAGUCAAAGAGAAAGUAGCAAGGAAAGGGGAGAGCGGUAUGCUGGGGGACGGCGAGGAUGAACAGCUCAAGGCGCUUUUGGAUCAGGAGAAGAGACAGAGGCAGAUUGCGAAACGUGGCGCACCUACACGGCAUAGCCGGUUUGGGACAACCAUUGCUCUCAAAACGAAUAAGGAACAAUACAUUCUACACCGACAAGAAGCUAUCAAAGCCGAUCCUUCGGAAAUGAUUGACAUGGUCAAGAAAAAACGAGCCAAGAAGACUGUUCGAGUGGAUGAAGUGGGCGUCUUUAAUCCUCUGAGCUCUGAAGCUCUUGGCGCGCUUGCUAUGUUUGCUGGAAAGUUCGUCGAGUCUUGUUUCAAUACAUUCAUGUCAUGCGUUCUCAAAGAUAUCAAGUCCGAGCGUCCAAAGUAUACAGAGAAGGACAACCUUCGUCUACUUUUCCUCACAAAAUGGUUCCUUGAAUUCUUCCUCAUGGUGCGGGAAAAUCAAGAAAAAGAACGCAAACAAAAGGGUUUGGUAGCUGGUGCUCUGGAACUGUGGCCAUUCGGCUAUGUCAGUGAGGUGGUUGAACAUGGAUGGGCGCCUUGGGUCCUGAGGCGCAUGCGAGCUGCAGUGGAAGAAAAGCCCAAACUAUGGGUCGAACUUCAUGCAGGAAUGGAUUGUCUCACCCAAUUGCUCAACCUGAUCGUCCUCAUGGCCCAAGAUCCUGACGAAGCUAAUCAAGAAGCUGCCGAAACUUUACAGCAUCAGCUGUAUUACAACGGGGAGGCGUUGGAUGUGGCACUUGAAAGCUUAAGAGGGUAUAAGGACCAAAGCAUAGCGUACCUCGACUCGGCUGUUCAUCUUGCAUACGUUCUUCUUAGAAUGCUUGAAAAAUGGGCACACAGUCAAGGAGAGAUGUACGUUCGCAAGAAGAAAAAGUCUCGAGCGAAGAAGGCCAAGGGUGUUUCCGAGGAAGAAGGCAUCGUGGAUGUCGACAGCGACGAGGGAGAAGAAAAAGCAACCGAAGAUUUGGUCAAAGAACAGAUGUUCGUGUUUGAAAAAUACGAGGCUAAAUUUGCCCAAGAGGACAUUGCACACGCAUGUCUUGUGUAUCUAGCCCGUUGGCGAGAAUUCACAUCGUCGGAGCAGAUGAGAAGAAUCGUUGGUUUAUUGCACAGACAAGCUGUCAAGGCCAAAGCAGAAGGAUUCUUCUUCAAGGUUUCCACGCUUGCGCUCUUUCAGUCUAUCCUCAAGAACCAGGCCUCUCUACCAAAGGACCAGCCCUACAAGGACCUACUUCAAUUGAUUAACUUUAUAUUACGCAAGUUCUUCAAGAAUGCACAGGAGCAUCCUCUAUUAUUAGUCGAGGCAUUCUUCCCCAAGAACCGCGGCCAAUGGAAAGCAUAUUCGAGCUACGAACCCGAGGUUAAACCAAAGUCCAAACCAGCGGGCAAAGCCGAGGUCGGAGUCAAGAAAGGGUUCAAGACUUCAGAACAAAUCGGAAUCGCCGUGGCAUGUCUGGUCGAAGAAGACAGCAAGUCGCUUAUUGAUUGGGUUGUGGAUGUUUUGAAACGUGUUGGGAGGCAAAGACAAGCUAUUGUGGAGGAAACCGAUGCUGGUGAAGAUCCUCCUAGCGAUGAAGAUGAGGAGGCCGCCGCGGCUCGGCAAGCUGCACUGCAGAAGAAAGUUCCUUCUCAAGAGGCGAUGAACAAGUUUGAGGAAUACCGCAUUCCAUAUUUGGACGACCAACAAUCUGAGGCUGCUACAUCAAACAAGUACUUGAAGUUGCUUAUGCGGCUCGUGGGGUUCACGUGCACGGACGAUGACGCUCUCGAACCUGAAUGGCACGUUCCAAAGCAGCUCACACCGUCUGAACUGCAAACCUCGCAAAACGUCAUCGAACAAUACCUCGCCAACCCGAUCGACCUUCAAGGUAAAAAAGCAAAAGAACAUCUCACUGCCAAACGAAGCACCCGAAGGAAACGGGAAGAAUACGAAGAAUCAUCCUCCAGUUCGGAAGAAUCCAAAGGACUCUCCGAUACAGGUGAAGAGGACUUUUUACCAAAUGACGAAGCGUCAGUGCAAAGACGGGCCGCACGGCGAGCCGCUCGUGAAGAGAGGCGCGCGGCGAAACGCCAAAGAAGGGAAGAGCGCGAGUCAAAGAAGAGGGAGCGCAAGAAGAAAGAAGUGCAGGUCUACAAGUCGGCGGAGAUUAUUGAAGACUCGGACGCUGAGCUUGGAGAUGAUGAUGCAUUCUUUGCAAAGGAGCGGGAGUUGAUGGAAAAGGCGAAGCAAGCAGGUCAGGGCGCUUAUGCCUCGGGAACGAUGCUGGAGCACGGGACAAAGAAACGGAAGAAGAAAGAGGGGGGCCAGAAGAGGAGAGGAAAGAGGACCAAGGAUGUUUUCGAGGCUGAUGCAGAACCUCUUAUCGGGGAUGACGACGACGAUGGAAGCAACUCGGAAAAGGAGGCCGAGCCUGUAUCAAAGCCGAGACCUAGGCCACGACCCCGGCCCAAACCGAAGCAACCAUCACCUGAGGAGAGUCCAAAGAGCGUUGCAGAGGACGUGGAUGCUCGUUCGUCGGGAGACGAAGGGCCGAUUGUACGCGCUCGUCCACGUCCACGUCCACGAAUUCCAGUGGAAAGCGAUGAAGAGUAG